AUGACACCUCAACGCGAGUGCGACCCGAUAACCGUGCUUGAUGACGAGACAGAGGUCGUAGGAUCCACAGACUGCAUCCCAGAACCCGCAUCCGAAGACCCCUUUAUCGUCAUAUCUUCCGAUGAGGAAGAUAACACCAAUACCGAUACCGGUAAUUAUAGGAGUCGCACGCCAGAGAUUAUCGACAUUUCGGACACAGAACGACCCGAUGAGCCCGAAGAGGAAGAGGAAGAUCCAAGACUCAACAUGGAGCGGAUAUUCAUGAACAGCUUCCAGCAAGAUCAGCAUGAGUACCUCAACAACGGGUUUGGCUUCUUUCGACAGCCACAUUACCCUGUGCGUGCAGAACGAAACCCAGGUCAGCCGUCAUUCUCACCACGGCAGUUCGCCCACUACCACCACUUCAUCUCUAGAUUACAGGGUAUUCCUGGCCUAGGUUUCGGCGGCCCCAACAUGAGAGAAGAUCCAGCAUUUGAGGAGGACCUGCAGAGAGCUAUGCGUGCUUCCAUGGAAGACUCGCUCUCCAACUUUGGCCCCAAGAAGGUCUCGCAUCCAGAACCACCGACCACAACGACAGAGGGAUACACCAGAUCGGUGCGCAAACGGCAGGUGGUAUGCUGCGCAUUAUGUCGUUCCGAUCUGGGAGUCGGGAUUCCUCCGGAGACCAAGAAGCCGAGCAAAUCAUCAUCCCCGAAGAAGAGGAAACGGUUCUCGCGGUUUUCUGACCUCACAGACGUGGAACGAACGCUUUCCAAGCGCAUGUUCUUCACCAAGUGUGGGCAUGUCUACUGUGGCCUUUGUGUCCAGUUCAUCAAGAGAAGAAGAACUAGUAGACAAAAGAAGGAGGACAAGAGCAACAUCAACGUCGAUUGCAUCACAGAUUUCAAAGGGCGAUAUGUCGACACCCCAUUCUCACUGAUUGACCACUGUGUUGUUCCAGGAUGUAAGGAGAAAUUGCCCAGAUCGAGAGGCAAGUUUUUCAAGGAGAUGUUUACUUAA